UGGUAAACAUUUGAAGAUUAGCUAGAAGUACUUAAAGUUGAAACGAGCUAAUUAAUACCUAUAAAUAAGUGAAUCAGUGAUUGAUACAUGUCAAGAAAUAUACAGACAGAGAUUACAACAUUAGAGAUUGAGAGAUAGGCUUUGAUUAUCAGCUGCAUAUCAAAAUGGCUCCCGCUGCGACCUGUUUUGAUGAAAGCCUUCCAAAUCUCCCCAAGGAUGGCCGCCCACCCAUUACGAGUUACACCCCGAGCAUGUGGGGUGAUGCCUUCACUUCGUUUUCCUUGGACGAUAAGGUACAAAAAAAGUAUGCUGAAGCAAUUCAAGAACUAAAGCAACAAGCAAGAAGCAUGCUGAUGACGAAAGGAAGUACAACAAUUGAGAAACUAAUAUUAAUUGACACACUUGAGCGUUUAGGAGUGGGAUAUCAUUUUGAGCAAGAGAUUGAAGAUCAACUUCGAGAAAUCUUCUUUUUCCAGUCUCAAGAUAAGGACCAAGACAACUAUGACUUGUUCGCUACUGCGCUUCAAUUUCGUCUGCUAAGGCAACAUCGCUAUUCUGUCUCUUGCGAUGUUUUCAACAAGUUUAAGGACGACGGCGGCAAAUUUGAAGAAACCCUCACUGGUGAUGCUAAGGGCCUGUUAAGCUUGUACGAAGCGUCCAACGUGAGGGUUCAUGGCGAAGACAUAUUAGAAGAUGCAGUCGCCUUCACAACCCAUCACCUAAAUCGUAUGGUGCAAGAAUUAGAGCCCCAACUUCAGUGCCAAGUGAAGAGAGCUCUAGAGCAACCGGUUUAUAGAGGCGUUCCAAGAUUGGAAGCCCGCCAUUACAUUUCCUUUUAUGAGAGGAACCAAUCGAAAAAUGAAAUACUUCUAAAACUAGCCAAGCUGGAUUUCAAUUAUUUGCAAAAUAUAUAUAAGAAAGAGCUCCAUGAUCUUUCCAGGUGGUGGAACGAGCUAGAUUUGGUGUCAAAACUACCUUAUGCGAGAGACAGACUGGUGGAGGGCUUUUUCUGGGGCACGACUUUCCAUUUCCAGCCUCAACACUCUUAUGCCCGAAUAGCAAUUACUAAAAGUGUGGCGAUGCUUACAAUAAUGGAUGAUACAUAUGAUAACUAUGCUACAGUUGAAGAAGCUGACCUUUUCACCGAGAUCUUGGAAAAGUGGGAUAUCAAUGAACUUGAUCGACUUCCAGAUUACAUGAAAAUUAUAUAUAAGUUUAUUCUAAAUCUAUUCGAGGACUACGAAGUUGAAGCAGCCAAACAAGGAAAAUUAUUUGCAGUGCCUUACGCCACAGAAGCAGUGAAAGAAAUUGCAAAAGCUUACAACAGACAUACGCAGUGGUUCUUGGGAGGACAGAUGCCUACAUAUGAAGAGUAUAUUGUAAAUACUGUCGUCACGAGCUGCAUCUAUGUCUUCCUUACCGUGGGUGUCCCAGGAUUAAAAUCUGCCUCCAAAGAAUCCAUUGAUUGGCUGAUGAGUGAACCUAACAAAGCUCUUAUAGCAUCCACCAGGAUUUGUCGACAUGCAAAUGAUAUCGGUAGUGACGAACGCGAGAGCAGGGGUGGAAAUAUACCAACGGCAGUGGAUUGCUAUAUGAAGCAAUAUGGUGUAUCAAAAGAAGAAACUGUGGACAAGUUCAACGAACUAUUUGAGAAUGCAUGGAAGGAUUUCAAUACAGAGUGGUCAACUGAAAUUUCCAUAGUAUCUAAGGACAUGAUGGAGCAACUUCUUAACUACGCACGUGUAGCCGAGGUCAAUUACAAGAACGGGCGAGAUGCAUAUGCAGAUCCUCAAAAUUUAGCAGGAGAAAUUGUUGCUAUCUUUAUGGAUCCCAUUGUCAUUUGAUUAAAUGGAUAUAUGUAUCUGCAACUCAUCAUUUAGUUCGUUGCUAUGGAUUAGGUUGUUUGUGUUCCGCGUCCUCUGUGAAUCAACAAUAAUGGGUUCGAAUUUUCGAUUGUUGUUUGUAUCGCGUCUCUAGCUAGCAAGCUAUAUCGUGGUUAAGGUAUUGUACGAUUCAUCAAUAAAAUGUUUCGUUGUAUUCAAGGUGUA